AGGGGGUUCGUGGUAAAAUGCACGGUUUUGAAAUACGAAUUCAGGACAAGAUAUACAGUCUUGUUGCUGAUACACAGUCUGAAAUGGAGUCAUGGUUAAGUGUACUGUGUAAAGUAACUGGUGUAGAUAUGACCACUGGUAAAUCUAAAUCUGCGUCUUCUGGAGGAUGGUUUAGUGGCAAGAACAGAGUAUUGAAAAGUACAAACUUUCGUGAAAGUCUAAAACAGAGUAAACAUCCAGAAUUGAUGGAGUUUGCACGGGAAACUGAUCAAGUAAAUGCUAAACGCCGUCAAGAAGGAAGGAAUAAAAUAUUUUCUUUAAGUUUUUUAUCUCCUAAUAUCAACGGAGCUGGCGACGAAGUCAAGGAAGUUGAUAUACCUCACGAGAGAUUUGGCAAGAGGUUUCUAGUGCAAUGUGAUGAUCUUAAAUUUCGCUUAUCACGCAGUUUUGACAGCGUUUCUUCUGUGAACAUCGAACCUUUCUUUAUUACACUUGCUUUAUUUGAUGUGAAAGAAAACAAGAAAAUCUCUGAAGAUUUUCAUUGUGAUGUGAAUGACUCAGUUGUCUCAGAGAUGUUGCCUUCGCCUGAGAAUAUAUCUAAUGGCGUUGGUGAAUAUGAACAUCAUUUUAGUUUUCCAAAGAAAGCGAUAUUUUCAGUGACAUUUCCACAUCCUGACGUUUAUCUUGUCCUAAGAAUUGAGAAAGUUCUUCAAGGUGGAAUAACUAGUUGUACAGAGCCAUAUAUGAAAUCUGGUGAUGCUUUAAAGAAGGGAGCUGCGAAAGCUUACCGUAGUGCUGAAAUAGCUUGCCAGACUUUGUGGAGAUAUCGUAUGCCGUUUGCGUUGGCUACCAGGUGAGAAAGUGUGGUAUGAACAAACCACAGUUGACAGGAAACAUUGUUUUCUGGCCAUGUUUCUCGAAGGUGAGCAAUUGGACGUUUUGAGCGAAGGCCCUUCGUCGGGAAGUUAGUGGGGGUCUUGAAAAUCUCAUGAGCUUUUAAUAGAAGCUAUCACGUGACAAAAUAUAAACCAAUCAGAUGGAUUUAAUCAAAACAAAGUGUAAACAAAAAAAUGUAAAUCACAGUUGUAUUUGUAUAUUCUGUAUAUUUGUAUUAAUAUAGUCUGUAAUGUGAUUUACAUUUUUUUGUUCCAAUUGUGGUCCAAAUAUUGUUCAUCGUUGAAAUUUAAAACUAUCUGAAUCUACAACCCCAUCAAUAAUUACAUUGAAGAUAUAUGAUCUCGUUAUUUUGUUUAGGCCACUUUUCAAAAACAACCAAGGCGAUUUGGAUGAUGAAAAGGAGUGGUCUCCGAUUUACAAACAGGUAGGCCUACUGUACUGUUAAAAACAGGUAAUGAUCCAUACUGAAAUUGAUAAUUAUAUGAUAGGGGUAUAGGCGUUCUUUGGAUGUAAUGUGAAAAUCUGUGAAUCUAAGACAGGUUACAGUAUCUGGACAGACUAGAUAACGAGCUAAUAGUUAUCAUACAUGCGAAUUUUGAGUUGUGAGCAAACCAAGUAGAUCACACUGUCAUCAUUCUGGCAUCACCCUGCAAACAAAAACUUGUUACUAGCUCUUCGCAACGAGACCUUGUAGGUCAGUUCCGGAGUGCUGAAGCCAGAAUCCCAAGCUAUAGAUACGAGUCUUCCCAGAAGGCCAGUUUUCCACUUCAAGGUACCGUACCGAAACGUUUCAAAAACAUUUUUAAAUUUCAAAAUUUAGUGAAUGUUGAUUGGUUAAUACUUCCGUAGUACGCCAAAAAGUUGACUUGCGACGAACGUUUCAUUUUGAUACGCGAAUACACCCGGAAGUACGUGGAUUUAUCAACCUCUUUUCAAUCUACACACGCUCACUAGUACGUUUCGGUACGGUACGCUUGAAGUGGAAAACUGGCUUAUGUAGUUGCAUUUUCCAAUUAUUCCUGGUAAAUAAAUUCUUAAAAAGGAAUGUAGAGUCAACUAUUGAAAACAUUUUUUUAACUUUGUUCUUUAUUAAACGGUGUGCGUAAAAUUUAGAAUAUGGUAAUUUACCCUUGUCAUGCAGUGGCAAUUACAAAUUAUGUGUUUUAACGGUAUUUGAAUUGAACUUCAUAGAAAUGAAGAACUUGAACACGUGGUCUUGCCAGUGAAAUUUAAGUAAAUGUCAGGAUUUUGGGCCUACACUCGAUAUAACUAAUUGUAGAUGGAUUUUGUAGAAUGAAAUUUUGAGUGUGAAAUUUAAGUACCUUAUUUUACCAACUGAAGACUAUUAUUGUGAUUUUAAAUUUUGUACAGGAUAGUGGCAAGCUGAGUGAUGAUGAAUUAUUAAAAUUGGUGGAAGAUAUGGCUGGGUUAGUUGGAAACUUAAUUUUUCCAUGACUUUGUCCGGGACUUCGUGAACAAAUAAAAAAUAUUCCAAUUACAAUUAUUAAAGAAUUAUUAAUUAUUAAAAUUUGCCCCCCUCUUCUUCUCAGCUUAAAUGUAGUCUGUUUCUGUGCUUGACUUCUAGCAAAGAAAAAUUCAAGCAGCAAAUUAUUCCAGCAACUAUCAAGAUGAAUGUGACAUCAUUACCUAACGAUCUUGCAAGUAAGUGGUCAACCUCGUUCCCUUCCCCAGACUCUUCUCCGCGCUCUUCGGGAACGAGGUUGAUAGAUCAAAAGUUUGAAGUAUUUGAGGUUUUGCUGACAUCAUUAUAGUAAAAUUUGUUGGUUUCAGACAGCACAAGCGAGGCAGCAGUGGUAGUCAGCUUCAGAAAUAUUGACACUUAUAAGAGCAAAAUAUCUCACUUAUAGUUUUGGGCACCAAAUACAAGACAUUAUUUUCCCAUUCGGAUAACUGCCUGUCAGCUGAUAUUGCUUAUUGAAAGAAACCUUGAACCCCCACCUACAGAGAACAAGACUAAAUGUGGUGCCCAAAUGGAGUCGGAUUAUUUUCUGAAAAAAUGUUCUCAUUGCCUCAACCUCAACUCUCAUUGCAUGACCGAACCUAAGAGCUCCGAUUUAACGUAACAGCGCUCUGAUCACUGAGCUGUUAGGACGUACGAUUGUUCCACCCACUCAGAAAUGAGCAAUUACAGUAUAUCUGGCUCCUGGUUGGGUCAGGCCAUAUCGUCCCUUAAGAUCUAUGUUAUACAUGAAAGUGGGUUUUUCUCAAAUGUUUUGCGGGCGAUCAUUGUACUAAAUCACGUCAUUUUUUUAUCAUAGAUUCCAUGACGGCAUCGUUAUUACCCGUACGGCCAUUUAACGACAAAAGUAAGAUUCAGCCAACACUUGAGGUUCAGGAGUUUGUUCCCGCUAUUCCAGAAGCCGUUCAUCCGCACAUGGUCUAUGCAAACAACUUCUAUGUCUAUCCACUCAUGUUAAAUUUUAACAAUCAGAAAGUUUUUUCCAAGGUAAUUAGAAUUCUAUGCGUUGUGGAUGAUCUCGUGUCACACGUAGAACAUAAUUUCGCGUAUAUUUCAUAAAAUGUCAACCAUACAUCUAACUUUAAGUUAUAGGGGAUACUUAGGUCUAUCAGUUAUAUAAACAGUUCUUCCUAGAGAACUCGUGAGAGCCAUCUAAGGCCCCCAGCUAAAGGGCCCCAAAAUAAAAAUAAAGUGAAAUUGCUUAGAUAUAUAUAAUUGUCAACUUGUCUCCCAGAAAUAAAUCAGAAUGCAGGAUUUUGCCAUUCCUGGGACCCGAAAUUUCAAAAUAUUCUGUAUGUUUCUGGCCAACCCUGACUCUUACAUCCAACUUAAUAUGAGAAAUUAUUAUAUAAUCACAGUAUGCUAGCAAUUGGUCUAGUAUGCACAUUAUUGUAUACUUGUUUGAUGAAUAAUUUACAUUAAUAGGCUAGAAAUAUUGCGGUUACUGUCGAGUUCAAAGAAAACGACACUCUUGCUUCUUCGCCAUUGAAGGUAAACAACAAUAUUUUUUCAAAUAUUGUAUGACGGAACUUUCUCUAAGCCGCAUUUUAGUAAUUCUGUGUUUGAAUAAUUAGACCAUAUAGGCUUAGUACAAAAAGAUUAUUUUAAUAACUACGUUUCGGAGUAUAACUCCAUCUUCAGGUUAAAAGUAACUAAAGAUAUGAAACUUUAUAAACAAUAUUGUUUUUAAAGUUUCAUAUCUUUACUUACUUUUAACCUUAAGAUGGAGUUGUUCUCCGAAACGUAGUUAUUAAAAUAACCUUUUUGUCCUAAGCCUAUAUGGUCUAAUUAUUCAAACACAGAAUUAACAAUGUUUUUAUCACAGAAAUUAUUCUCUUGUCCGUCAGUCUGACUCAGUCAGCUCUUUUCUUGUGGAAGAAUUGGUCUGACCUGAAUGUGUAUUUGAUCACGUGUCAUAUCUCUACUUUUUAUCAUGCGUGCCCAUUCGCAUGCAUUUUCUGAAUGCAAAAUUUUGACUGAGAAGGAUAGGAGUAGGCAAUGAAAAUCUAAUAUUUUUAUGGCUUUAUCGCGUGAAAGCAAUAGCUUGGAUAUUAGAAUGAAAGCACUUUAAGCCUGGUUUCCAUAUGGUGGUAAAAAUACAGUCACGAUCUUUCUCAACGGCCAGUUUAUAACAGUUUACCUGUAAACCACAUAUAAAUCAUAAGUAUUCUCUAGUUAUAAUCACUCUGCGUAUUUUCAGUAAUCUAAAAUGUUGUAUUUCGGCUGAUGAGAAAGAUUGUGACUCAAUCUUUACGACCGUUACGACCAUAUGGAAACCAGGCUUAAUUAAGAAAACUUGGACGUUUCAUGUAAAGGUUCUUCCUCAGGAAUUUUAUACGUACAUGCAGUAACUUGCUAUAUAUUAAUGUCCUGACGAAGAGAUUUUGUUAAAUUAGUUUUUCGGAAUGUUUUCCACUCGUAUGCACCUGUUUAUAAUUGUAGUUCGGUUUCACUAACCACUACCUUUCAGCAGAGAUUUUCUUUGUUUAAUUGGGUUUUUUUUGCUUUGUACUGUCGAGCAGCAGAGAUUUCCCGGGGGGUAUCUUAACUUCUCUAUUGACCACUAUGUGCAGCUCCGUAAGUUACAUAACUGUAACUGAAAUCCACCAAUAAAAACCUACACUGACCCACACCUUACAUAGUUGACCUACAGCGUGGCAUUUUCUGUUAUCAUAGUGUAUUUAUAACCGGAGUGGCUGUGUAGUUCCUUCAUUCACGACAAGUACAAACACUACUGUUCUUCAUCAUUGCACCAAUCCUACAUUUUAUGACGAGGUUUGUAUCUUGCGAUUGUAUUUACAGUCCAAAUAUUUAACAAUCAUGCAUUUAGAAAAAUUAUGCAAUUAUUUCAACAUGGAUAUACUGUAAAAUUUGUAAUAAUACCUGUUGUUGUACAUCAAGACAUAUGUAUUUUAGCCCCCAAGUCCAUUUUCUGAAAUCCAUUUGUACAAAAUUACUGCGUCCAUUCUAUACGCAUUACCAUUGCAACAAUAAAAGUAUUUAAAGUAUUACAACAAUACUGAUUGAAAGCAAUACACUGUACCACAUGAUUUUACACUGGAUCCUAUUCUUAGUUUUGCGCCCCCUGCAAAUUUCCUUCAGAUACAGCAUAGUUUGUACUAUCUUGCGAAUUAAUCUUUGUUUAUCGUGUUACUAAGUUAAUAUUUUUUUAUUUUCCCUGCAGAUCAAAAUUUGUUUACCGGUUCAUCUUCACAACAGACAUCAUUUAUUGUUUACAUUUUAUCACGUGAGUUGUGAACAGAAGAAAGCGGCAAGUGGCGCGCAUGCGUCAAUCAAAGGAAAGCCUGCUGUGGAGAUGCAAGGUACAGUGCGCCAUGUAAAGUUCUGGGGCCGGACGGCGUUAUCCACCGGGCAGUGAUUUUUUCAAACUUUCUAGGAAUGUCCGUUGAUUGGUAUAACCCCGAUUAAACAUUUAAUAUUUAUAAAUCAGAGUUUCUUUUUAUUAUUUGUGAAGUUCAUAUGCGCAGCUUUUUGAGCAUUUUUACAAUGGUUGAAAAAUCACCAUCUAAUGGAUAGCGCUAUCCGGCCUUCAUACAAUCUGAAACGUGAAACGAUAGCCUCUGGUUAAAACAACAUGAAACGAUAGAUCCUGGAGUGGUUCAGGGGUGUGUGAUAACCCCCCCCCCCCCCUCUAAUGUUUGAAAAUAGAAAAUCACGUGGAGUAAGAACAAAAAACCUAGAAGACCAGUAUAAACAAUUUAAAAAUUGCUAUAUACGUAAUAUUCUGACCAUCACAACUCUGUAAAUCCCCCAAAGGGCAUGAAAUGAAUCUCGCGCCUUUGGCACUCGAUAGUUGUGUCGUUGCAACAUCGUCCCCAGGCCCGCGCCGGCCUAACGACGAGGAUAGUGCAUUCGACGCUCCCCAUGACGACCCUUGUCAUCUUUACGUUAUUUUCUGACCACACCCUUAUUUUCAUUGGGCAAAACGAAUCCACACCCCCCUAAUGUAUAGAGUUACGCCCCUGAGAGUAAUCGACGCAUCAUGUAUGGGCCCCUUCCAUUAAUCAUAAUCGUCACUUGUUUGUAGAAUAAAGACCAUCCAGUCACCCAUUGUUUUGGAUAAUAUCAGCAUUUGUAUAUCAACCUUCCGGGCAGUGUAUCACCUUGGCUGCAAAGUUUGUAAACUUCAUAUCAUGAAACGGGGGUUCUCUAUCCCCCUCCCCCCGAGUUUCUGCUUGUUUAUAUCAGGUAGUAAUAUAACCACUCAGCACAGUAAUGAGGGUUGACUGAUAUAAUUUCUUUUAUCCUAGUCGGAUACGCUUGGUUGCCUCUUCUUAAGGAUGGCAGGUAUGGUAUACUGUACUAUUUGAAACCUCGCCAAAUCUAAAACGUGAGAGUUAGAUAAACUCCCUUAUGGGAGUGGGGGCACGGGGUCAGUGGUCGUUGUGUGUUAAGGUUGGAUUUCUUAGGAUAUGCAUUCUUCUAAUCAAUAUUUUGCUUUAUUUGCUGCGAAACGAGUUUCCCGUUAUCCUGGAGCCAGAGGGUAUUUAUUUUCGCCUGUUUUAAACUAAAAAAAACUCUGGGCCAGGGUAGUUUCCCGUUUGACACUACCGGACAAACCCUAACCUGCAGGAAGAACAGUUUUUUUUAGAACCUGAUGGAAUUAUGCAACGCAGAUAUUCAAAUUUCAAAUGACAUUUAUGAUAUUUUCGCCUAGGAUUGUGCAUUCAGAAUUGAGUAUUCCUGUCGCGACCUCAGCUCCUGAUGGAUAUUUAAAUUCUCGUUUUGGUGGAUUAGGCAAGGUAGCGUUUCGACUGCUUACUUAUGUUACAUUUACAUUGGUCGUUUUUAUUCCAUUAAUUACAAUAUACGACAAUAAUUUAUUACACUCAGUAACUAGCUUGAAGACCACUUCCACUGGGGGGCAGCUGGCGCCUCCUGCCCGCCCCCCGCCUCGUACGCUUAUGUGUAUUGUCAUUAGUACAUGAUUAAUAUAAAUUAAUUGCUCUUAAUGCUUGAUUGUAGAAUAUUGGACCGGAUGUAAGAUGGCUAGAUGGUGGUAAGCCACUUCUAAAGAUCUCCACCAAAGUUGUAUCCACUGUUCACACACAGGUACCAAUUUACUGUCUUCAGCAUCAGCAUCACGGCUUUGUAUAGGCUGCAAAAUUAACAAAUACUUAGAUAAGAUUUUGCCGUUGUCUGUUCAGUUAUAAUAGAUACACAGUAUGAUGUCAUAAUGUGUAUCUAUAACUGAACAGACGACGGCAAAAUCAUAUCUAUUUGUUUUAUAUAAUAAAAAGAAAAACCCCGAAUUACUGUAAACAGGUAAAUAGCUUACUUUUUAUCCACCCAAACAUUUGGAAAUUUGAUAAAGUCGAAAUUUUACGCGUGGGCGUACAUAAUUUAUAAGAUUUAAUAUUUUAUUUUGUCUUGUUUACAACGCUUCCUUUGUCUUUUUCGAAUUAUUUUAUUUGCAUGUUUUUAGACAGUACCGUUGUUUAAAAGUUUAUGCUGCACGUGUUUCAAUUAUUUGUCUUGUGUUUAUCCCAGGAUGUGCAUGUGGACAGCUUAUUUCGUCAUUUACAAGAAGCAGAUGGAACUCCUGCCAGCGAACGAGAAACAUCAAACUCGUUAAAGGUUAGUUUCACAAUAACUGAUUUUGAACAAUAUACCCCUGCAUAUUGCAAGAAACAUUGAUCAUUUUGUAACAACUCAAAAUAUGAGUAAAAAUAAGUCAGAGUUAAGAGGUGUUCAUAUGAGCCAUACAUAAAGGCUAGCAGCAGUAGGGCUGAUUUUCACCGCGUUUUUACAUGAGAAAAACCAGCCCUACUGCUGGGGCUGGCUUGCUUUCGCAAGUUGCAUUUAUGGCUUCCGUUUAUUAUGGCGUCCAAAAUCAUAGUUUGCCGACUAAAUUUUGGAAUAAAAACCAACAGACAUUUCAAUAUUCGUUUAGAACUACAUAUAUAAAGCGAAAAAAAGCUUUAAAAAGUUUAGUUUAAAAUGGAUUCGAUGGCUUUUUCACUCAGCCCUACUAGGGAGGCCAGCCCUCCCUACUGCGUUUAUAUGGGAAAUUCCCAGCCCUACUUACUAGGCGAGAUCUCGCCUCGUCAAUAGCGAGAUCUCGCCUAAUAUAGGGCUGGCCUCCUCUCAGCCCGUCAUGUAGGGCUCAUAUAAACAGGGCCUAAAUCAGAUUACAUUUAAGUUGAAGUUUAAAUUUAGUUGUUAAGAUAAUUAAAAUUGAUUUUUUCACUGGGGAAAAUGUGAAAUCCAUAUUAUGAGAUUUGCAAUUGCACCACUAAAUCUAUAGUAUAUCCAUACUAUUUCGAUACUCGAUAAUUAUUCACCACCUGAUGAUUCCUAUACGGAUGAAACAGACUGUUGUGGUUUUUUGAGGUAAAACGAAAACUAUAUAUAUAUAUAUAUAUAUAUAUAUAUAUAUAUAUAUAUAUAUAUAUAUAUAUAUAUAUAUAUAUAUAUAUAUAUACAUAGUAUGGAAAUAUACAAUUAUUAUGGAUAAUCAAAAAUCCAUUCUAUUUCCAAUAAAGGUCCAUACAAUGUCCAUUCUAUGGAUUUUCAAAAUUUUUUCCAGUGUUUUAGAAUGAAAAGUGGGCAAAAGAGAUCCCUCGCCGGUGUUCCCCACCCACCUUGAUUGCAGUGAAAUGAGUGCAUUAUUAUUUAUAUUUGAUUCUUAUACCGCUACUGCUCCCAUUAAGGGACCAUUAAUCAAUCAGAUGCGUUUGAUAUAUCCAAUUAGCCAAUCAGAUGCGUACUAAGCCAGUGAGAGGUGUGGUAGCUGCAUGUAGUGGAAGUCAAAUCUGAAUCUACCUAAAAUAUAUAGAAACUUAAUUUUAUUCCGUGAAAUAAAAUUUAUUUCUUUUCCCAUAGCACCUGUUUGUUGCUGAUAACAGUGUAAUUAUUAAAUAUCUUCCAACAAUAUUAAAUAAACUUCUUCAUGUGCUAAUUGUGACAAAACUUGAUGAAGUAACCAAGGACACUGUAAGGUACAAUGAAUGGCGAUGAAUGUAUACAUUCUAAUUGUAAAUAUAUGUUAUCAGUAUGUUUUGUGUACUGGUUUGGGAAAAUAUGUCAUCCUUGCGUGGGUAUUGUAUUUUCUCCCUCAGUAAAUGUAAACAUUGUUAUUGCUGUACAGCACCUCUUCAAUUUGUUUGUGCAACUGCUGAAAUCCCCUGUGACAAUGAAUUCGCGAUCGAGUUCACCAAUAAAGAUACCAGGCGGAAAAUAUACUGUAAAAUUCCCCCCCCCCCCCCUUUUUGGCAGUUUGGGGUCCACAAAACAUACUGUUUUCCUCGGUCUCAGUCAAUAAGUUAAAACGUCUUAUAUAAAGUAAAAAUCUUCUAUUGAUAUUCGUUUUUAAACUAUACGUCUUUCGUUUGGUAUCGUUAUCCCUAUACAAUGAAAUAAAUUGUAUUUUUUUAACAGAGUUUUGGUGAGGUUUGUGUCACAGCUUCACGAUGUGAACCGCAGUGAUGUUCUGCAUUCUUACGUUAAGGUGAGAACUGAGUGAUGUCAAUUUUUCUAGUCUUCCUCUGCACGAGGAGUGACAAUAGAGAGCUUACUGUAUAAGCUCAAGUUCAAGCAAACGACGUUUUUGUUUCACGAAUGCCGACCAGAAGUAAAUCGAGCCGUUGUUGUGGACGGUGACAGCCGUUCUUGUUUGAAGUCCCGAACGUGAAACUAUUUCCUCAUUCUUUAUUGAUAUUGUAUUAUUGUUAUUACAAUAUAUUUGAAAUAUAUUUGCAAAAACACUCAGUUGUGAGGUAUUGAACUUUCCGUUCUUCUUUUCAGUAUUCAUUCGUAACGGAUCAGUUAUCAGGUUUUGACAAAACUGUUUACGAGGAAUUGACUAAAGGAUUAUUGAAAUUUUUGAAACCCGGGGCGGAUCCAACGAUUACUUCAAGUUUUUUAAAGGUAUAUACUGCUUUGUUGUAAAGUUUGUAAUGUGAUAGUUAUUUGGACUCAAUCUCUACAUGCAUAUUUACACGAUAUACGCUUUGUCGUUUACAAUUCUUAGCAUAUACAGUGUCAUCGAAUAGACGAAUAUUACGAUAAUAAACAGUACGUUCUUGCACUAGUCUUGCACUGUGUCAUACUGCAUGUGUCUCUGCAUUUUAGCAUGCUUGGUGGUUUUUUGAAGUAAUUUUGAAAAGCAUGGGAGGUCAUUUGAUCCAGAAUGGCAAACUACAGGUCAGUUUUUGUAUCAUAAUAAUAUUUUCAUAGCAGCACUGGGGUUAGCUUUUGGUGUAGGCCGCUAUGCGUUUCGGGUGAUUGGAAAAGAAAUAUCCUCGAAAUAUUUUUUCUGAAGAUGACUCUGUGAUAAACAAUUACUAAACUGACUUUAUCGUCAAGUGUUGAAUGGGAUGGGGGGCUACUCUCGGCGGGUUGUAAUUUCUGGGCGCUACCUUUUCAAAAGUAUCAGAAAUAGAACAUUACUUAAGGAAUGCUGCUGCAAUUCUCCGUUUUGUAAACCGACAGGAUCGCCAGUAACAAAUGAGUAACAAAUGAAAAUACGAAAUGAGCAGUUACCGUACUUAAAGAAUUCUCAAUGGUAUUGUCGAAUACAAUUGAUCUACAGAUAUUACUUGUUUUUUAAAUGUUUAAAUGUUUUUAAUGGUUUUUCCAGAGCAACCGUGAAACAAGAUACAGCAAAGGAUUUUAUGAAAGUCUUGAACAUCUACUACAACUCUUCGUUCCUCAGAUUUUACGACGGCUAAAGGAGGAAGCCCGUGUUGCUAAGGUAUUUAUGUGAUUCACUUAUUUAAUCUAUCUGUGAUUUGAGGUUAUAAUAGUCAUAUAGCAUGCAAUCUUUUUUUAUUGUAUACAGGGCCACCCAGAGACAUAUGGGGGGGGGGGGGCCUGGAGCGAAAUACAAAUUUGGUGCCCUAGUGAUUUCCAAUGCUAUACUACUAAAAUUCGUUAAAGGGGGGUUCCAGGAGCAUUCGCCCCCAGGGAAAUUUUCAAAUUUGAGGUCCCAGGAGACUAUAGUUGACAGUUACAUCAUUCUAUGCAUAUUUCUUUUUAUUUGGGACCCCGGUUAUAGCUGCUGGGCCCGGGGCAAAUUGUCCCCUUUGCCCUCCCACGGGCGCCCCUGAUUGGACGUUACGUAUAUACUCCUUCAAUGACUUGUAUUUCUUUUGACUCAGUGUAAAUCUCACUUUUGUUCGUUAGGAAGCCAACAUACACAUGGCGUAUUUUGUUAAGGUAAUUUUUGCGAUUAUUUGUUUAUAAGACUUAUAUAAAAAAGUAUCGACAAAAAUCAUAUUUUGUAUGGUGACGUUAACUUUAGGCACAUACCUUUGCGCGCUAUUAACCGUGAAUUUUACAUACCUAUUUUAAGUGAUAAUGCUACAAAAUUGUUAGUUAACAAGAACACAGCUGUAAAUUAUGUUAACCUAGUUAAGCAUGUUUAAUAAGUAGUAUAUUACAAUACCUACUGCUGAUACAAGACCGCAAAGCAUUUUGUUUACGUCCAGCUACUUCCUCCAUCUUUAUUGGAAGCAUUAACUGGAAGUAGAUUAAAUGUAAUUUUCCUGGAAUAUUUCUUUCUGUUUAGGGUUGUUUUACCUAUAUAGACCGUGGUUUUGUUUUCCAAAUGAUUUCCUACUACAAUGAACAAUUCAAAGACGCUGACACUCAGGUAAAUAUUUUCCAAGGAAAGUCCCAACCAAUUUUAAUUUAAGAUACCGCAGGAUAAAUAUUCUUUGUGUACCUAUACAGCGUAUUAAGCAUAUUAAGCAUAUCACGUUUAGUUACAAAAUACAUACGUGUAAAGUAAAAGUAAAAGGAGCUUUGAAUUAUAAUAGUUUACAGCGUUUAGGGGUAAAUCAGGAUUUUGAGGGAGAAUAUAAGGAUUUAUGUCACUCAAUAUAACUAAUUGUAGAAGGGUUUUGUGAAUUUUAUACAUUUAUUAGACCUAACCAGGGGCAGUUGGAAAAAAUGCGACUAUAAUAGGCCCUCUGGCAGGAAUCGAAAAAUGUUUUUUAAGAAUUAAGUGGGUUUAAGUGUCUUCAGAUAAUAAGUUAUUUUUAUUGACUUUGUGUAUUUCAUAGCUUUAAAAAUACACCGUUUAAUUCAUCUGUUGAAGUUACUGUUUCGUAUGUUGUUUUACGUAAAGACAUGGAAACCUAAAAUUUAAGUUCUAGCUUGGGUAAAUUUUUUAUACCUUGUAUUUUAGAUGAUGGAAUUUAGGUUCGAUUUCUUGCGAAUAAUUUGUCAACACGAGCACUAUAUUCCGCUUAAUUUGCCUUUGGACUGUCGAGCAACUGGCGAGUUGUAUGAGUACGAGCUUACAGAUAGUUACUGCAAGAAUCACUUUCUAUGUGGACUGCUUCUACGACAGGU